AUGGUCAUGUCCCCCGCGAGAUCGAACGAUAUACGCCAAACCCACGAUCGCAGCCAAGCUGGCUUGAAACCUGACAGGCUGGCACCAGGUUCGCUAUAUAUAGUGACGCAGCCACUCAUCAACGGUCGAUUUCACUGGAGCCUGUUGAGCGUUGAUUUGAAUGGGAGUAUCACACAGUAUCAAUGGCACGAAUACCACGGGGGAAGAACAGCAGAGAAAUACUCUGCACAACACAUCGAACGGACGAGCUCAAUAUACAACGGGAUUAACGUACUAGCGUACUUCAAGAUCGGCGGGUACCGGCACAUUGACCAAGACCACUUCGACGAAUGCUGUCGAGAAGUAUUCAAGUGGAGCUAUGGCACUGUGCAAGAGAACCGGGCGCAUGAUAUAACACCCAAGACGUGGUUACUACGAGUUCUGGAUCAGUUUGUGACGGGAGGGGUGAUAGUCAGAUUCGACACUGUUCAGGAUCUGGAGUAUGCAGUCGCUACCCUUAGUAGAUAUAAGGAGCGGCAGUUUCUAGAGGCAUUUCUCAAGCAGCAGCCGUACAUCGCCCCUGUGAUGGAGCUGUAG